CGCUGCCCCGGCUCCGAGCCCAGCUCCGGGGUUUGAGGCCAGGGCAGAGCUCCCUGAACUUUCCGUGGACUCACCCAGGGCUGUGGAUACCGUGAGCGGCAGAGUGGUCCAAGCGAGUGCCUUCUGCGCUGCGCUUCUUCUCCUGGAAACUUCUCGGGAAUACGGUGUAGUCUGUGCCCUGCCUGGUUCCUCCCCCUUUUAGGAAUGAAAGUUGCUUACCCGUGUAGACUAAAAGCCUGACAGGAAGCGGUCUGAGCUGUGCCCGCAGGGUUCUGUCCUUUGACAUUCUUGUUUGUGAAGAUGGAAAGCUUAAUAUCUCUGGAGUCCAGCUUUUACUUGAGAUAACUGAAACCUUGUGUCUUAAGUUUCCCUGCAAGAACACCCCCCGAGAUGGCAGAGGAGAGCAGCAGUGCCAGGGAUUGCCUGUCCUUCAGCGUGCUCAGCUGGGAUCAGGUCAGCCGGCUGCACGAGGUCCUGACCGAGGUCGUACCCGUCCAUGGGCGAGGCAACUUUCCAACCUUGGAGAUAACCCUGAAGGACAUCGUCCAGACCGUGCGCAGCCGGCUGGAGGAGGCAGGCAUCCGAGUGCAGGAUGUCCGGCUGAACGGCUCCGCGGCUGGCCACGUCUUGGUCAAAGACAACGGCCUGGGUUGCAAAGACCUGGACCUCAUCUUUCACGUGGCUCUUCCCACCGAGGCGGAAUUUCAGCUGGUCAGAGAUGUGGUGCUGUGUUCCCUCCUGAACUUCUUGCCCGAGGGUGUGAACAAGCUCAAGAUCAGUCCAGUCACCCUGAAGGAGGCGUACGUCCAGAAACUGGUGAAGGUCUGCACGGACACCGACCGCUGGAGCCUCAUCUCCCUCUCCAACAAGAACGGGAGGAACGUGGAGCUGAAGUUCGUCGACUCCAUCCGGCGCCAGUUCGAGUUUAGCGUGGACUCUUUCCAGAUCAUCUUGGACUCAUUGCUCUUUUUCUAUGACUGCUCCAGUAGCCCCAUAUCUGAGCACCUCCACCCCACGGUGAUCGGGGAGAGUGUGUACGGGGACUUCGAGGAAGCCUUUGACCACCUGCAGAACAGACUAAUUGCCACCAAGAACCCCGAAGAGAUCCGGGGCGGGGGGCUGCUCAAGUACAGCAACCUCCUGGUGCGGGACUUCCGGCCCACAGACCAGGAAGAAAUCAAGACUCUAGAGCGUUACAUGUGCUCCAGGUUUUUCAUCGACUUCCCGGACAUCCUGGAACAGCAGAGGAAGCUGGAGACCUACCUGCAAAACCACUUUGCCGAGGAAGAGAGGAGCAAGUACGACUACCUCAUGAUCCUCCGCAGGGUCGUGAACGAGAGCACCGUGUGCCUCAUGGGGCACGAGCGGAGGCAGACCCUGAACCUCAUCUCCCUCCUGGCCUUGCGCGUGCUGGCCGAACAAAACAUCAUCCCCAACGCCACCAACGUCACCUGCUACUACCAGCCAGCCCCCUACGUCAGUGACGGCAACUUCAACAACUACUACGUUGCCCACACCCCUGUUGCCUACAGCCAGCCGUACCCUACCUGGCUGCCCUGUAACUAGCCUCGAGACCUGAGGGUUUCCACCGUGGGGACCCCAGUAGGGCAAGGGCUCUCAGGUAGGGGAGCCUCCUCCUAGAUGUAGGUGUUUGGCUUUUAAAGGGGAACUCAGCUCUGAUUCUGCUUGUUUCUUUGUGCACCCAUUGGAAUGGGUCUACAGGAUGUCAUGAGCCAGUCCUGAAGGGACCCGUUAUUCCAGUGCCACCUUGGAAAGCGCCCCAGGAAGUGGGGCCCAUCCACAUCUUUCAGAGAGAGACACACACACGUUCCUGUCCCAAACAUCCGCAUGGGGAGAUUUGAGCUCCAUGUGCCGAUGGAGUCUGGGGCAGUUCCUGGGUAGUGUCUCUCACUCAGGCUAGAGUUGGCUCUGUCGGCCCUCACUUGGGGUGCUCCGCUGUUACAUGGAAGUUGAGGUUCUAGUCAAUUUUCUUGUACCAAUUUUAGCCAGGCAGAAAAUGGUGGGUGUGAGCGUGGUCUCGUGGCUACAUUUUUGUGUUCGGGGGACCCAGUUGCAUAUGUUUAUUCCCUUUUAGCAGAGCUGAGGAUUUCCUUUCAUCAGUGAACCAGAGCUGGUAGCUGGAGAAUUGAGAUCUAGUUGAAAGUGGUUUAUGGUUUAGAUGCUGUGUUCUCAUGAGGCUUUGUGAGAUAUUGCUGAGGAAAAAAAGAAAAAGAAAAAAAAAAAAGACCUUUGCUUGAAAUGUAACUUGAAAAUGAAAUAAAAUGUGGAACAUAAUGUUAAAGGAGAAUUGGGGCAGGGGCGGGGCGGGGCUGGUUGUAAAUAGGAAACAUGAAUGUUCAAUUUUUUUUUCCUUAAGGAAUUCUUACUGAAUGACACUUCCCCCUCCCUUCCUCAGCAGCUUAUCACUUUCGCAUUGCUCUUCCCAAGACGAAGGACUGUCCAGAGUCCUUGCAGUAACUGACAUGAGGGUCUUCCCGGGUUUUACUCGGAAACCUCUUUUGGUCACAUUCCAAGGCUGACCAGCCGUUUUCUGGAGUACCUUAGCUGAUGAUUUGUUUGUUUGUUUGUUUUUGUUCUUUCUUCAAAAAAAAAAAAAAGUGAUUUCCCUCUCCAGGCUUUUUUGGACAGCAAACGAAUUCAGGAAUUUCAGUGGGGCUGAAUGACCUGUGGAGUGACCCACCGUUAUGGGCAAGAGGGCUCUGGCUGAAACACUGCUUUGAACCCUUGCCUGUGUCCCCACGGUGUGCGCAAGGUGGAGGCUUCGUGCCCAGGGGCUGCCAGGGCACCUUGCCGUCUGAUUAAUUCUGCUGUGUUCCGGGGAAGAACGGGGUCAGCGAAGAAGGGUCUUCCUUAUUCUGGUGGAUUUGACCGUACUUGUCUCUGGUCUGCACUUCAGAAGGAAAACAGUGUUAGUCUGCAGGCUAAAGCUCAGUAGAUGGGAGAGCGCUGGGCUACUGCCAUCCGCAGUGGCUUUGAAAGUCUCAGAGCUCUUAGCAAGCAUCCCUCUAGAGCACGGAGGGCAGAGGGACUCAGUACCACCAGCCAGCUUGGCUUAUAAAGUGAUUUCAUCAAAUCCACACUCCUGGUUUUUUCCUUUCUUGCGCGGCCAUGGAAAUCCCCAGCCCUGAGUGAUGGCUUCCCUUCCUCCUUGCUUUAAGUGAUGAAGUUACUUACAGCUUAGCGGAAACCAGUGGUUUACCUUUUUCUGAAGAUGGUAUUUUCAGGGUUGUUGGGGUUUUUUUUUUUUCCUUUUUGGAAUGUGACGUUUUGGUCCUCUUAAAAGCAGAUCGGUCAUGACUGAGCCCCGAGGUUUAGCUGGAAUCCAUGUUGUCCGACACCAGGUGAAUAGAAGCCACUUCUGUGGGUGACCAGUUCCUGUUUCCCUGGGAAUUACAGCUACUUUGGAAUUCACUGGCUUGGAGUCGAGGCCAGUUCUACGCUGAGGGGGGAAGGAGGGCCGCAUGCUUCUGGGUUAAAGGGGGGGGGGGUUAACGAAGAGUGAAUCCCAGCUUUAAAAAUGACAUGUUCCUUCGUGACAUUAAAAGGCUGCCAUUGUGGUCAGAUGGCAACGUCUUUGCACACAAGUGACAGAUCUGUUUAACCAGAGCUGUGAGAUGUGAGGAAGCCAUGGACAUAAGCACCUGCUAACAUGAGUCAGUAUUGCUCCUACUAGAAGGCUUGACGGUCAGGGUGACAAGGUUCCAGACAGACAUAGGAUCAGAGAACCACAUCAAGUAAUUAAAUUUCCCGUUUGCCCUUGGA